AUGGGACCUAUUUCAGGAUUGAAGGGUUGGAGCCUUGUUGAGAAGACAGUUAGACCUGAUCGUAAGGAUUGGUUCACUCACCUAGAUGACGCUUUAUGGGCUUAUCAGACAGCUUAUAAGACUCCUAUUGGUAUGUCUCCAUAUCGAUUAGUUUUUGGUAAAGCCUGUCAUCUCCCAGUUGAGUUAGAGCAUCGGGCAUUUUGGGCUAUCAAGACAUUUAAUUUUGACAUGUCCGAAGCUGGCUCCACUCGUUGUCUCCAGUUAUCUGAAUUGGAUGAAUUGUGCAACGAUGCUUAUGACAAUUCGAAACUCUAUAAGGACCGGACUAAAGCUUUUCAUGAUAAACAUAUAGUCCGAAAGUCCUUUGGGCCCAACCAGCGAGUGUUGUUGUUCAACUCCAAGUUGCGCUUAUUCCCUGGAAAGCUUAGAUCUCGAUGGGAUGGCCCUUUUGUGGUAGUUGAUGUUUCCCCCCAUGGUCCUAUGGAGGUUCGUAACCCUCAGACUAGGCAUACCUUUAAGGUCAAUGGCCAACGACUGAAGCCAUAUGUGGAUGGCCUUCCUGAUGGCCAACUUAUUGAGUCAUUGGAGUUGCAUGAUGUGAUCCUUGACUCUCCAUGA